AUGGUGGUGAAGCUGGUGCAGACUGAGAUUGAAGGGGGGCAGGAACUGGAGAGCCUCCUCGCGCAGACGGGGCUGAAGGUGAUCGAGGUGUACUCCGAGUGGGCCGGCCCGUGCCUCGCGGUGAUCCCCAGCCUGAAGAGCAUCAGGCAGGAGCUCGACGACGAACAGUCCCUCACGUUCUUCAAGAUCAAGGCGGAGACGUGCAAGGCGGCGGAGGACCCCGCGCAGAAGGUGGAGUGCAACGAGCUGGUCGCGGAGCGGAGGGGGAAGAGCGAACCGCGGUUCCUGGUCUACCGCAACGGCCACCUCAUGGCGUGCGUGAACGGCGUCAACACCCCCAUCAUCUCGCGCGUGUCCAAGGAGAACUACCCGAUGGGCCCGGACGCGGACAAGCUGGACGAUAACGGCAUCCUCCAGGCCAGGAAGGCACGGGCCGAGGCGGCCAAGGGCGGGGCUGGCAAGGGCGCCGCCACCCGGCGUCGCCGGGGAUGA